CACAUGCCGCCCGGCCCGGCCCGGCCACUGACCCCGGGCCCGGCAGCGGACAGGCGCGGGUUCGAGGCCCCGGCUCCUUCCCUCUGCCCUGGGCAGCCCCGACCCGGCGGGGACAUGAACAGUGUGUGCUGCCUGGUCCUGGCCGCGCUGAGCCUCUGGCCGGACCGCGCCGCCGCGCCGGGGCCGCCGCCCGGGCCCCCGCGGGCCUCCCCGGACCCCCGCGCCGAGCUGGACGGCGCCGUCCUGCUGACGCGCUCCCUGCUGGCCGACACCCGGCAGCUGGCCGCGCAGCUGAGAGACAAAUUCCCAGCCGACGGAGACCACAACCUGGACUCUCUGCCCACCUUGGCCAUGAGCGCAGGCGCGCUGGGAGCCCUGCAGCUCCCCGGCGUGCUGACGCGGCUGCGGGCCGACCUGCUGUCCUACCUGAGGCACGUGCAGUGGCUGCGCCGGGCGGGCGGCCCGGCCCUGCGCACCCUGGAGCCGGAGCUGGGGGCCCUGCAGACCCGCCUGGACCGGCUGCUGCGGAGGCUGCAGCUCCUGAUGGCCCGCCUGGCCCUGCCCCCGGCGCCCCCAGACCCGCCGGCGCCCCCCCUGGCCCCGCCGGCCUCAGCCUGGGGAAGCAUCCGGGCGGCCCACGCCAUCCUGGGGGGCCUGCACCUGACGCUGGACUGGGCCGUGCGGGGCCUGCUGCUGCUCAAGACGAGGCUGUGACCCGCUGACCCCGCCCCCUGACCCCUGACCCCACCGCGCCCUUCACCGCCAGACCUUAUUUAUUUUAUUUAUUUCGGGACUGGGGGCGUGGCAGCCAGAGGUCUCCUCCCCCCUGUACCCCCAAUUUAGAGACAGUCCCUCCAGGGGACACCUGUGCCUUAUUUAUACUUAUUUAUUUUGGGGGGGUGGGCGGGACGCAGGUGGACUCAGGGGGUCCCCAGCGGAAGGGGCUCCGGGUCCCCAUUCUUGGGUCCCUCCGUCUGGCCCCCCACUCCUCUGGGGCCUGAGAGGGGCAUAUGUUAUUUAUUAUUAAUAAACUAUUCCUUUUUGC